UCCCCCCCUCUCUCAUCAUUGUGUGGGUUUUUUUCUUUCUCUCAUUGAAGCGACACAAACAAAACAGCUCGAUCUGCACUUUCAAUUUAACCGAUGUGACAAUACGGACACAUCGCCGCGCUGUUCUCUGGUGGGGAAAAAAAAAAAAAAAGAGGCCGAGGCUUGUUUUUUUUUUUCCUCCAUCGCCAUUUUCAGCCGCCAGUCGGCUCGACGUGACAUCAUGGACGCCGACUUCUCGUCCGGGCUGGAGAACCCUCUGUGCGGCGAGCUGAAGCUGUUCUGCAGGAAGAUCCAGGAGGCCUACACCGAGCUGAAGGAGGAGCUGACUCCCUACAGAGAUGACCGCUUUUACAGGCUGGCCCCCAUGCGGCUCUACACUCUGUCUAAGAGACACUUUGUUUUGGUCUUCGUGGUCUUCCUCAUAUGCUUCGGCCUCACCGUCUUCAUUGGGAUCGCAGGUCCUAAGAUUAUUGCUGAGCAGGAGCACAGUGGUGAUCAGCUACUGGUCAAAAAUGUCUCACUUAAGACUGGACCCUACAAUCUCGUCUCUCCUCCGCUCACCACUUACAACCAGCAGCUGUGGCUCACCUGUGUGAUGCGAGCUGAAAACAGCCACAUCGGCGACUUCCAGCAGCCCUUUGAGAUCAACGUGGAGCUGAAGGGAGUGACGCAGGAUGCCAGCGUGAUGCACAUCAACAACGUGCACCAGAAAUCCCGGACGCUGCACUGCGGGACAAAAUGUGAUGAGAUUAUUGUUCUCCAUCUGGGUUAUCUCAACUACACCCAGUACCAGGUUGUGGUCAGUUUCAAGGGCCUUGAAAACAUCACAUAUGAAAUCAAGGUCAAGUUUGUGUGGAAAACGUAUAACCCGACCUUCUCGCAAGUUGAAAUCUGGUUCCGCUUCGUCUUUGUGGUUUUGACCUUCAUGGUGACGUGUAUGUUUGCUCAUUCUCUGAGGAAGUUUUCGAUGAGGGACUGGGGCAUAGAGCAGAAGUGGAUGUCUAUCCUGCUCCCGUUGCUGCUUCUCUACAAUGAUCCAUUCUUCCCACUGUCAUUCCUGGUGAACAGCUGGUUUCCAGGGACGUUGGAUGCUUUCUUCCAGGCUCUGUUCCUGUGCUCUCUGCUGCUCUUCUGGCUCUGCGUCUACCACGGCAUCAGGGUUCAGGGUGAGAGGAAAUGUCUGACGUUCUACCUUCCUAAGUUGAUCGUCGUAGGUCUUCUGUGGCUCUCAGCGGUGACUCUGGGCAUUUGGCAAACGGUUAACGAGCUCCAGGAUCCCACCUAUCAGUAUAAAGUGGAUAUCGUGAACUUUCAGGGCAUGAAGGUCUUCUUCCUGAUUGUAGUCGCCUUCUACAUCCUCUACCUGAUUUUCCUGAUUGUCCGAGCUUGCUCUGAGCUCAAGAACAUGCCGUACACAGAUCUCCGGCUAAAGUUUUUGACGGCAUUGACGCUCGUGGUGCUCAUUAUAAGCAUGGUCAUCCUGUACCUGAGGUUCGGCUCCAGAGCUCUUCAAGACAAUUUUGUGGCUGAACUGUCGACUCAUUACCAAAACUCAGCUGAAUUUUUAUCCUUCUAUGGUCUGCUCAACUUUUACUUGUACACAUUAGCGUUUGUGUAUUCACCCUCCCAAAACGCCCUUUACGACUCCCAGUUGAAGGAUAAUCCUGCUUUCUCCAUGCUAAACGACUCGGAUGAUGAAGUUAUAUAUGGGAGUGAUUAUGAGGACAUGCCUUUGCAAAACGGACGUGCCAUCAAAGCAACCGCCAAGUACCAGGAUGGGAGUGACAGCGACUGAAUCCCUGCUCCUCCUCUGUGUCCCUGUUGAAAACCACGAGAAUACCUUCAAACUAACAACCGCAUGUCUGUGUGUACAAGAGGAGUAUUUGGAUUGUUAGUAUGGAUUGAUAUACUGUAAGUGUACAUAAAUAUAUUUUUUAAAAAGAUACGUUCCACGUCUACUGAAUGUACUGUAAUUUCACUGAGAGUACUUCUUUUCUCCAUUGUUUAUGCUUUCAGUCUCGAUGAAAACAAGAGAUACUGAUGUUAAACAAUAGAAUUUUACCAAGUUGAAAACUCUUUUUCACAACCGUAGUUAAGAAUGAUCGGGAAAAGUGCUAAUACUAAUAAUUAUUAGGGAUUUUUUUGUUUUUUUAAUCUUUUUAAAGGGUUUUGUUGGAACACUGUUGUCUUUCUGUUCUUAUCCUGUGUUGUUCAUUCCGUUCUGCUCUCUGACCAGCUGAGAAUAAUAGCAGUGUUGGCUGUUGACAAAUCUUUUUUCCUCAAACAUGUUUUAAAAAGAAAUGCGGAGAGAGCCUUAACUGGAGUAGGUACUACUGAUCCCUACCACUCCCCUUCCACGUCUUUUGUUGGAAAGCAGCUUUGUAAUUGCACUUCUUUAAGGACUUUAUUUAUUUUGCAGAAAAAGUGAUGACAUUUGAUACUGUAUUAUCUGAUAUGACUUGGAUGGAUGGUUUCCGAUGAGUUGCAUGGAUUUUAAGUGAAGUUAUGUUUAUGGAUUACUAAUCUGUUAUGUUGAACAUUUCAUAUCCCAGCACAUACAGCAGUUAUACCAUUGUCCAAUUUUAUUUUGCCUUAUGUAGGGCAUAUGGUUUUGAGUAAACUUUUUUUAAAAUUCUUUAACUUUCUUCAUAUUGCUGCCAAUGUGAGACCUGCUGCCCUCUGCUGUGUUUUAUGAAACUGCAGCUUAUGGACAAUAACAGCCAAAUUAAAUGUGUGUGACUGUUCUUCACGAAUAACAUCUCAACAUGGAUUCUUAUCAAAAUGGUGCCUUGUCUUUACAUCACAGUUUUCCUCUAAAUGGGCUGCAGUCUUAAAGUUGCAAAUGCUUUGUGAUAAGUUGACUCUUUGAGUGUGAAUGUGAGGUAUGUUGGUUGGAGCUGGUUGAAUUUGGCUGUUGUGAGUCUUGGAAAUUCUUGCAGUUUUUGUUGCUUUAUGAGAUACAAGUUGUACAUGUAGCACUCUGUCAUGUCAUGUGUAAAUAAAACAAAUAUAUACAGCA